AUGGAGCGACGUGGCCAGGGACCUGGCUACCAGUUCUUGGUUGAGUGCAAACGACGACUUUGGGACCGGCCGAGGGAGGGCUACGCCACCAACGCCAGCUGGCCGAGAGAGAGAGGGUUGCAGGUACAGAGGAAGGCAGGAGGACGACACAAGAUCGACGGAACCAUAGGUGGGACGGCGGUCAGACGUCAAGCGGCCUUAAUCGGCGGAAACAAUGAUGAUUUCGUCAGGGAUCUCGUUCUUAGAAAUGCAAGCCAAGAUGUAAAACGUUUUGUACUUACUAGGCCACACACUACUCUGUCCGAGGCCAUACAGAGUGCAGAAAUUGCCGAUGCUACUGGGUCCCCUGAGGACGAAUCCAAACCUGAUGUCACCCAUGAUGUGAUGUCACCAAGGUCAGAUGUCCUCAAGCCGUAUGUCCCCAGUGAUGGUACGCCACCGGGGUCAAAUGUACUCAAGCCCCCUGUCACUCCCGAGGGCCUGUCCCCAAGACCAGACGUCACCACGUCUCCUGUCCCCAAGGACGCCCUGUCACCGUCAGUGUCACCUGCCCCCGGACACCACCCCUCAACACUGGAUCGGCUACUACAAGAGGACCAGCCUACACGGGAUGGCUAUCGUCGCCGGGCUGCAGACUUAGCCAUCGAUUUAACUCAAGCUAACCUCACGUCCACGGAACAGGACGCACUUGUGUUACUGCUUGGCUGCCAUAGGGAUGUGUUCGCAAAGGACAUCACAGAGCUUGGACGUACUCACCUCUUUGAAUGUUAUAUUGACACCGGAUCACACAAGCCGCUGCGUCAACGGACCUACCAUGUCAACCCCAAUCAACGUGAAGAACUUAGUAAACAUUUACAACAAAUGUUGGACAAUGAUAUCAUUGAACCAUCCUUCUCCCCGUGGGCUGCCCCAGUGCUACUGGUCAAGAAACGUGACCUUACUACACGCUUUUGCGUGGACUUCCGCCGUUUGAAUAAGAUUUCGACCCUCGAACAUUGGCCUCUCGUGAAUAUUGACCAGUCGUUGAUGUCCCUAGGCACCAGUCAAGCAUGUUAUUACACCAGCCUGGAUCUUAUGUCUGGAUAUCACCAAGUUCCCAUGGCCGAAGACAGCAAGGAAAAGACAGCCUUCAUCGUCCAAGGCGAAGGAGCAUACCAAUUUAAGGUCAUGCCCUUUGGCCUUGUCAACGCUCCCAGCUGUUUCUCCUUCAUCAUAUCAUCAUUGUUCUCCUCCAUGUCCUGGAGAUCUGUCCUUAGCUAUUUGGAUGACCUCCUCAUUUACUCAAAAACGUUUGAAGACCACUCGACACAUCUAGAGGCAGUCUUCGCCAAACUCCGCAUGGCAAAUUUACGACUGAAACCCUCAAAGUGCCAUUUUGCCCUUUCCACUAUCAAUUACCUAGGUCAUGUGAUAUCAAAGGAAGGCGUUGCUAUGGACCCAGCCAAAGUUGACAGUGUGGUCACCUACCCUCAACCUACAUGCACUAGAGAGCUCCGCUCCUUCUUGGGGUUGGCUGGGUACUAUAGGAAAUUCAUAAAGGGUUAUGCUAACAUUGUCGAGCCUCUACACCGCCUACUACGGAAAGAUACUCCUUAUGUCUGGACAGCUACCAUGGAACAGGCAUUUGCAACUCUUAAGUCAGCACUCACAUCAGCCCCUAUCCUAGCAUAUCCAGACUUCACUAAGCCCUUCAUAUUGUCGUGUGAUGCUUCUCAAAAGGGGGAAGAUGGCAAGGAACACCCAGUCUCAUUCGCAGGUAAAAGUUUGUCUCCAACACAGAAGAAGUACUCCAUCACCGAGAAGGAGUGCCUGGCUAUCGUGUUAGGCCUCAAACACUAUCAACCAUUCUUGGCGGACAGUCACUGUACAGUUGUCACCGACCAUGCAGCCCUACAAUACUUGAACUCCAUCAAGGACGCCACCGGACGUCUCGGUCGCUGGAGCAUACUGCUAUCACAAUAUGACCUGCACAUCACUUACGUCCCCGGGCCCAAGAACGGCAAUGCCGACGCCCUCAGCCGACGGCCCUACCCUCCUAGAGAGGAUAAUGAACAGGAGGAACUACUAGGGAUCGAUACAAUCAGCCACGCCAUACCAACAGCGGAACAGGACGCUACCCAGGUCACAGAACAGGAGACAGACACACCCGUUGAGGAUACACACCAACCACAGUACCCAGAAGGGAUGCCCCCAGAUCAACUACGUGGCCUACAACUCGGAGACCCUUCCUUCCGGGAAAUUAUGGAUUAUGUGGAAAAGGGGACACUACCCAAGGAUGACCAAACAGCCCGGCGUGUCAUGCUUGAGGCGGCCGAUUAUGAAAUGGAUGAGGGACUUCUCAGGGAGGGACGCAGCCAUGCGACUCAAAUAUUACUGGAAAGGGAUGUACAAUGGUGUGAAGCUUUUCCUCUUAAAUCCAAAACAGCAAAGGAAGUCGCAGCAGCGUUCUAUGACGGCAUAAUCACCCGACACUCUACCCCGAGAGCCCUUCUGACAGAUAAUGGGGGUGAGUUCAUCUCGCGCCUCCUCACGGAGCUCUGCAAACUGCUUGAAGCUAAGCGACUCCGGACAUCCCCAUUCCACCCACAGACUAAUGCCGUGGUUGAACGAAUGAACAGUGUCAUCGCACAAGCUAUCCGGGUCUACUGUGAGGAUGCUAGGGAAGCCUGGCCACAUCUCCUUCCAAGCAUUAUGGCAGGAUACCGACUGAGCCCAGCCAUCAACUCUACUGGCUACUCACCUUACUUCAUGGUCUAUGGACUGGAACCCCGGCUUCCUAUCGACAACAUCUUGCAACCUCUCCCAGAUGGCCUCCCGUACACAGUCAGAACAGACCUGCGCCAACUUCUCGACAACUUGGAUAUUGCUCGACAUAUCGCUCAGGCCAACGUUAAAUCAGUGCAAGAGGCAUACAAGGCGAGAUAUGACCCCAAAGCCCGGGGCCCCAGCUUCACGGUAGGACAGAAAGUGUGGCUAAAGAAAGGAAGCCUACAGCCUCAUAUUUCACGAAAGCUCCAAAGGGCCUACACGGGUCCAUUCUACAUCGUCUUUGCGUACGAAACCCCAAACUACCUCCUACGCCGAGGUGGAAAGGACACCGUGGGUACCUAG